AUGGUCUCCAUUACGACCGACUAUAUCAGUGUUGGCGGCAACCGUCACCCCGCUGCCGCGGACUGGGAUGUGCAGACGGGCGUGCUCGCCUUCGGUGCAGACAAUAAUGUCGCUUUGUGGGAUCCUCGGGAAAGUUCGCUCCGUGGAGUCUAUGCCCUUCUCGUUGGCCAUACCGACAAGGUCAGCGCCGUGCGCUUUUACACUUGUCCCACCACGGGCGAGAAAUUCCUUCUGACCGGUUCUGUUGAUCGUACGUUACGGCUCUGGAGAGCGGAUUCCGAUGAAAAACGCCAAUUCUCGCUGGCACACACCUUGGAGGGACAUACAGGCUCGGUGAAUACCCUUGCCAUUGCCGACGGUACGGAUGUCGCUGUGUCGGGAGCAGCGGAUGGGAGUGUCAAGAUUUGGAGAAUUGCCUCUCAGGAAGGAUGCCAAAGCCAACUGCUUCAGACGAUAACCCUGAAACCACGGUUCUUUCCCUUGGCUUUAGCCUUGACCCGGCUCCAGAAAGAAGCAAGUGACAGUCCUCUUGUGCUGGCAGUCGCAGGAACCACGAACAUCAUUCAACUGUACACUGCCGAAAAUGCUCUUGUCGAUUUUGAUAUGAAGCUUUCCGCCGUCUUGUCUGGCCAUGAGGCCUGGGUACGCUCCCUGUCGUUUACUCAUGACAAGAAUAGCAAGGUCGGUGACCUUUUGCUUGCCUCUGCCAGCCAGGACAAAUACAUCCGACUGUGGAGGUUCCACCGGGGUGUGGUAACUCCGUCAUUGCCGCAGGAUGAUGAAGACACUAUGAUAGCGGGCCUUGAACCGACUUUACAGAACAAGACGCACCAGCUACAUACGGCGGGAUCGACUUACUCUGUCACAUUCGAGGCGCUUUUGUUUGGAAACGAAGACUGGAUCUACACCACCGCGUGGAACCCUAACAGCGAGCGUCAGCAACUUCUGUCUGCGUCUGCGGACAACACAUUGACCAUCUGGGAACAGGAUUUGGUUUCCGGAGUUUGGAUUUCUGCUGAGAGGAUGGGUGAGAUCAGUGUGCAAAAAGGAUCUACUACUGCCACGGGGAGCACUGGUGGCUUCUGGAUCGGUCUCUGGGCACCAGAUGGCAAGGGUGUGGCCAGUCUUGGUCGCACAGGUAGCUGGAGGCUAUGGAACUACGACGAAGCAGCCGAUUUUUGGCUGCAGUCAUUGGGCAUCACAGGACAUGUUCGAUCGGUUAAUGGUGUGCAGUGGGAACCCACCGGAGGGUAUCUCAUGUCGACCAGUGCCGAUCAGACGACGAGGCUUCAUGCACAAUGGUUGCGAGUGGAUUCUUGCUCGUGGCAUGAAUUUUCCCGACCGCAGAUCCAUGGAUAUGAUCUGAAUUGUGUUGAUACUUUGGGACCGGCGCGGUUUGUGUCGGGUGCAGAUGAGAAACUCUUACGGGUCUUCAACGAACCCAAACCCAUCGCUCAAAUGCUGGGGAAGCUUGCUGGAUUCCGGCCAUCAAACGACAAUGAGCUCCCGGAUACGGCGCAAAUACCGGUUCUAGGAUUAUCGAAUCAAGCGGUCGGUGACGAAGCCCCGGUGGAUGUGGAAGGAAACGGCCCAGAUGGCCCGGAGAUGGUACAUUCUCAACUAAAUCAGACGCUACUAGCGGAUGCAGAUCGACCUCCCCUUGAGGAUCAACUGGCCCGGCAUACAUUGUGGCCUGAGCACGAAAAGCUCUAUGGCCAUGGAUAUGAAAUUUCAGCGGUGGUCGCCAGCCAUGACCGUACCCUUAUCGCGACUGCCUGCAAAGCCAGCUCAAUAGACCACGCGGUGAUUCGCUUAUAUGAUACUUCUGACUGGCGCGAGAUCCGACCUUCUCUCACAGCACAUUCUUUGACGGUCACGAGUCUUUCCUUUUCUAGAGAUGACCGCUAUCUUCUCAGUGUGGGGAGAGACCGUCAAUGGGCAGUAUUUUGCCGGCGCGACCAAGAUCCGACCACGUUCUCUCUGUUCGCAUCAAAUCCGAAGGGCCAUUCUAGGAUGAUUCUAGAUGCCGCUUGGGCUCCUGCCACCGACAACGCAAUCUUUGCGACGGCGGGCCGAGACAAGUCUAUCAAAUUAUGGCAGAGGGAAGAAGACACUUUCAUGUGCAAAUCGACAGUGCCUCUGAAAACCUCCAUCAGUGCCAUCUCAUUCUAUCCCCAAAUACAACAGAACUCGUUCGUCCUUGCGGCCGGAGAAGAUAGUGGCGAGGUAUCCAUAUACCAAAUUGCUGUCGACAGCCUUGAACCCAAGCAUUCGGCAAGCGUUGAUCGACGUUUGAGCCCCUCAAAGACCAUUACACAAUUGGUCUGGCGGCCUUCUACCGGGACAGGAGAGGAAGAGGCGGGCAAGCGUAAGUUCGACCUCGCUGUCGCGAGUGAAGAUACCUCGAUGCGUGUGUAUGCUAUUUCCAACAUCUCAUAA